UGUUAAAAAAAUGCCGCGAGAUUAUGACCGUGAUUAUACCAGUGAAGAUACCUCCGAUUAUAAACGUAAACGGCCACGUAACGAUGAAGAAAGUACAAAUAAUGAUCAAGGCGGUGGUGGUGGCGAACAGGAGGCACAAACAGCAACACAACAUGAUGCACCACCGUUAAAUGAAAAGACCGCUGCCUAUUUGGAUGAGUGCUUGCAGGAGAAGAAACAAUUGGAUCCCAAUAAGUAUAAUAUAUGUAAAAGGCUAUUGGAUGAUGAAAUUGAACGCAUACUGGUCAGUGGCCGUAUACCCAAACCGGAAAUCUUUGCCAAUGUGUAUAGCGAAAAGCCCAUUCGCGUGGCCCAAAAGGUGUGGUUCCCCAUCAAGGAAUAUCCCAAAUUUAAUUUUGUGGGCAAAAUAAUGGGUCCCAAGGGUAAUACCUUGCGCCAGCUGCAAGAUGAAACAUUUUGUAAGAUGACCGUUUUGGGACGCAACUCCAUGCGUGAUCAUGCCAAAGAGGAGGAGCUACGGAAAUCGGGAAAUUUAAAAUAUGCCCAUCUGAGUCGUGAUCUACAUAUUGAAAUAUCAACAGUUGCCCCACCAUCUGAGGCAUAUCAUCGUCUGGCCUAUGCCUUGGCUGAGGUAAGGAAAUUUAUGAUACCCGAUACAAACGAUGAUAUACGUAUGGAACAAAUGCGUGAGCUGGAUGGCAAGGAGCGGUUCUAUAAGAAGUCACAUUAUGCCAAGGCAUAUGGUGAACAUGCACCACCCUAUAGCAGCAGGACUCCUCCCCCACCACCACCCUUUGAAAAAUCCAAACCCAAGGUCUAUUCGAUACUGGAAAAGGCCAGAUAUGUCAUGGAUGAUCCCAGUUAUCCGAUUAUAAAAUCUCACAGACCCCGUGAACAUGAUCUGUAUGAACAUCCCAGUGAAUAUGAUCGUUAUGGCACCCCACCACCACCACCAUCGGCCAAACAUUCAAGUGCCCAUCAUGCAGCCUAUGAAAGUUCGUCAUAUGAACGUGACUAUCGCCGUGAAUAUCAUCCGCAUUCCUCUUCCUAUGCCGCAGCGGCCUAUGCCGCUAAAAGCAGUAAUGGCCGCUCCUCAUCGUCGGCAUAUCGGCCAACAUCAACAGCCCAUUCAUCAUCACAUUAUGAGACUGGCGGCGGUGGUUCCCGUUCCCGAGAAAGUGUACGCUAUCGUUCAGCACCGUAUCCAAAAAUACGUUAAUAUCAAA